UUUAACUAACUCAGAACCCGAAUCUAGUUACUGGAUCUCCGGCUGGACUCAGAUAUCGCACGUAGCGCAUGGGCUUUCUCUCUUUUCUGCUCUCGUCGGUUAGUUUCAAACAGAAAAGUAGUUAGAAAUUAACCUAGCGCGCCGAAAGAAUCGCGUCCCGUCGCCGCCGCUCCCCAUGGCCAAGGAAGACAACCAGUGGGACCUCGAAAGAGGACCCAUGUCCGUCAUCGCUGCGCCACCCUCGAACAUCCAUGCCCGGCCCAGGUCCGCCGCCGCGGCGGCCGCCGGAGACGACGAGGACGAUCGCAAGAUACCGAACUGCGUCUGGGUGUCGCUGCAGCUGCUGGUGACGGCGGUGCUGUGCUGCCCGCUGCUGGCGCUCGCGAUGACGCGGACGGACUCGGUGGAGAAGGCCGUGCUCUCCGUCGUCAUGCUGCCCGUCGUCGUCGGCGUCUUCUUCGUCCUGCGCGUCAUGUGCGAUCGACCGCGCAUGGCCCUCGUUGCCGCGGUGGUCAAUAGAUAGCUCCCUGGACUGACCUGGAUCGGUUCCGCAUCUGACAUGACAUCGAAGAUGAACACUAACCACACCGGCGCACGCUGUGAUCUUGUUGUGUUAUCUCGAGUUCAUAGUAUUCCCUUUUUGUUAAUGUAGAAUUUGUAUCCUUGGUCUUUUGUAAGAAACUAUCAUAUAUUUUUUGGAU